AUGCAACAAUAAAAAAAUUUAUUUGCUCACUAUAAAUAGCCAUCAAUUAAAGAAGACUCUUAUGUGACAGGUUUAAAUUUAGCUAAUUCUAUGAAGGGAAGAGAAUUGGUCCCCUUUAUCCCAAUAAAUGGAAGAUAAGUUAAGUAUAAUAUUAAUAUUAAAUAAAAGCUUUUAUUACUGUGGUCCUACCUUAUAUAAAAAUUUUCAUUUGGGACAUGCUAGGUAAUGUUAUAAUUGUUAUUUUUAUAGAACAUAUAUAGGCAUUGAUAUAAUAAGAAAAACAUUAAGAGAUUAUUUUAAUUAUGAUUUAUUGAGUGUAAUGAAUAUUACAGAUAUAGAUGAUAAGAUUAUUAAUCAUGCAAAAUUAGCUAAUUAAGAUUUUUUUGAAUUUACAAAAAUAUGGGAAAGAGAUUUCUUUUCUGCAAUGGAAUCACUUAGUAUUGAAUUACCUGAUGUAAUUACUAGAGUUAGUGAUUAUAUUCCUGAGAUCGUUAUAUUCAUAGAAAAGAUUAUUUCAAAUGGAUAUGCAUAUAAUAGUAAUGGAAGUGUAUAUUUUGAUAUACAAAAAUAUUUGGAAGAUGGAGUAAUCGUUAUUUUAAAUUUGUCUAGCAUAAAUAUCCAAAAAUGAGACCAGAAAUAAAUGCUGAUUAAUUAUAAGAAGGAGAAGGAGAAUCAUAAGUAAAUAAAUAAUCAGAAAAAAAAAGUCCAAAUGAUUUUAUUUUAUGGAAGGCAAGUAAACCAGAAGAACCUAAAUGGCAUAGUCCUUGGGGAGAAGGUAGACCAGGAUGGCACAUUUAAUGUUCUGUUAUGGCUAGUUCUAUUUUGGGAAAUCCAAUCGAUUUACAUGCAGGAGGAAUUGAUUUGGUAUACCCUCAUCAUGAUAAUUCUUUAUCAUCAGCUGAAGCAUGCUUUAAUUGUGAUUAAUGGAUCAAUUAUUUUAUUCAUCUUGGACAUCUCAAUUUUGCUCAUCGUAAAAUGUCUAGAUCACUUAAGGAUUUCAUCACUAUUAAUGAAAUCCUUAAAAAAUAUACUCCUAGAUAGAUUAGAUUAAAUUUUGCAAUCCAUAAAUAUGAUACAGUAAUGGACUAUUCUGAAGAGCAUUUUGAAUAAGCAAUCUCAAUAGAUAAGACUUAUCAUAAAUUCUUUUAAAAUACUUAAAUCUAUUUGAGAGAUUCAUAAAUAACUGGUCCUUAGAAAUGGAUGCAAAAUGAUUUUUAAAUUAGUAAUUUACUUAGAAAUACCAAAUAAGUUAUCCAUAUUGCAUUGCUUAACAAUUUCAAUUUUCCAACUGUUAUAGAUGCAAUUGAUAAAUUAAUAAACCAAGUUAAUGUACAAAUUUCAAAUAAAACAGUUAGAGCUCCUUUAGUUCAUAGUGUUGUUGAAUAUGUGAAAUUUAUUUUGGGAGUAAAUAUAUUAGUUUAAAAAUUUAGUUAAUUGGACUCAAUUAUUAAACUUAAAAUAAUAAUUCAUCAGACAUCAAAUUGAUAAUGACAGAAGUAUGUUCCAUAAGAGAUUAAGUGAAAUUGGCUGCUAGAAAGGGAGAGUAUGAGGCAAUAUCAAAUAUUGUAACUUAGAAGUAAUUCUAAUAUGAGAAGAAUUUAUCAAAUGGAAUUGUAGAUUGCAUUAAUUAAUUUUAAUAAUAAGUCUUAGUUGCUUCUUAAGAUAAAAAUAAAUAGCAAUUGUUUUAAUUAUGUGAUAAAUUAAGAGAUGAAUAAUUAUUUGAUUUAGGAAUUAAAAUAGAAGAUAAAUAAUAAGUAUAAGAUUAUAUAAUUAUAAGGUAUCUAUUUGGAAAUAAUAUGAUCCUUAAGAAUUGAAAUUAGAAAGAGAAUAAUAAUAGAAAUUAAUUUAAUAAAAAGAGUAAAUAAAGAAAAAAGAAGAAGAGAAAAAGAAAUAAGAGGAAUUAAAAAAAUUAGAAAAGUCAAAGAUUCAUCCAAAAGAUAUGUUUUUAACUUAAAUAGAUAAAUAUUCAGAAUUUGAUGAAAAUGGUAUACCUGUAAAAGAUAAGGAUGGAAAUGAAUUAUCUAAAAAAUAAAAUAAAGUUGUAAAAGAAUUAUGGGAAAUAUAAAAUAAGAUUCAUAAUUAAUAUUUAUUGUAAUUAUAAAAAUAAUAAUAAUGA